AUGGAGUACCACCCUCCAGCAGCGCAGCACAUGGUGCUUUGCGCCGAUUGCGGUACGCCCAUCGCACCCAAUAAUGCCAACCUCUGUCUUUCGUGCUUGAGGAAUUCGGUCGACAUCACCGAGUCGGUUCCCAAGCAAGCCACGGUCAACUUCUGCCGAAAUUGUGAGAGGUAUCUCAACCCUCCCAACUCGUGGGUCCCGGCUCGUCUCGAGUCGAGAGAGCUGCUCGCCAUCUGUCUCAAGAAGCUCAAAGGGCUCAACAAAGUUCGGCUCAUCGACGCCGGUUUUAUCUGGACCGAACCGCACAGCAAGCGUCUUCGUGUCAAGCUUACAGUGCAGAAGGAAGUCUUCACAUCCACCAUCUUGCAGCAGUACUUCGAAGUCGAGUUCGUCGUGCAAUACGGCCAAUGCCCCGAUUGCACGCGUCUGGCGGCUAAGAACACAUGGCGCGCCAUGGUGCAGGUGCGACAAAAAGUGCAGCACAAGCGUACCUUCCUCUAUCUCGAGCAGCUCAUUCUCAAACACAAUGCGCAUCAGAAUACUGUGUCUAUCAACGAGAAGAAAGACGGUCUGGAUUUCUUCUACACGCAACGAGCACAUGCCAUCAAGAUGGUCGAGUUCCUCAACUCAGUCGUCCCUAUCAAGACAACCAAGUCGGAACAGGUGAUCUCGAUGGAUGUACACACAUCCACCACCAACUACAAGUUUACCUACAGUGUCGAAAUCGCACCCAUUUGCAAAGACGAUCUGGUGUGUUUACCGCUCAAGAUGGCCAAGCAGCUUGGUAACAUUGGUCAGCUCGUGCUUUGCCACAAGGUGACCAAUUCGUUGCGAUUCAUCGAUCCGAUCAGCUUGCAAAUCGCCGAAGUGCCGGCGGAAAAGUACUGGAGGGAUCCGCAACCGGCUCUCGCCACAAUCCCGGAAAUGGUCGAGUUCCUCGUGCUCGACAUUGAACCCACCGGACGUUACGCCACCAACACACAUGGUGUGCAGAAUCGACGUCUCGAAGAGGCGGAUGCGCAGGUCUCGCCACUCAAUGCCGCCUCGUUUGGCGAAGCUGAUGCCGUUUACCACACGCGCACGCAUUUGGGAGCCAUCUUGCAACCAGGUGACACAGUUAUGGGUUACUACCUACGCAUCGCCAACUUCAACUCAGCUACCUGGGACACCAUCCCCGCGGACCGUAUGCCGGACGUGGUUCUGGUCAAAAAGUCGUACCCCGAGCGCAAGAAGCGUUCGAAGAACCGUAUGUGGAAGCUCAAGUCGAUGGCAAAGGAAGCCGAGGAUGCUACCACGGAAGGAGCUGUGGGACGAGGAGCGGUGGGACGGCGUGGUGGCUUGGACUCGCAACGUGUCGAGCGAGACUACGAGCUGUUCCUGCGCGAGCUCGAGGAGGACGAAGAAAUGCGUGGCACGGUCAACCUGUACCGAGAUACCAAGAAGGAGGAAGAGAAGCGACUGCGCAAGGAACGCGCCGCACAGAUCAAGGCGGAGCGCGAAACUGCGUUGGCGAUGGAUGGUGUCGAGCAAGACGCCGAUUUCGACGACGGCAUGACCACCGAUGGCGAGAGUGAGUGGGGCGAUGACGAUGCACCGCGUGUCGGACUGGACGAGUUGCUCGACGACUUGGAAGAUAUGGCCAUCGAGGAUUGA